AUGUCCCCAACCAGAAAGCCUCGAAUCGGUCGAGGUCUCAACCUCAGUCGCAGCCGCCUUCGUCGCUGGCUCAUCCUCGUCCCCGGCGGAACCCUACUCUUCCUCCUCCUUCUCGCCUUCCUCCACCCAUACGCCUUCCGUACCACCCUCUCCUACGCCACCCGUCCACUCUGGGAUACCCUCAUCUACCCUUCCGCACCCAUCAUCAACCUCGCGUCCGCCGAGCUCUUCUCCUCCCAAUCCCCCGACUAUAUCUGCCGGAUCCAUCAUUCCACUCCUCGGACCAAACCCGUACAGCUCUGGGACGCCAUCAUCUUCUCGCAUGAGCUGGACAUGCUCGAGAUCCACUUGGCGGAGCUGUACGACGUCGUCGACCAAUACAUCAUCCUCGAAAGCACCGUCACAUACUCUGGCCAGCCCAAGUCGCUGCACUACAAGGAGAACGCACAGCGGUACGCGCGCUUCAGUGACAAGAUCCACUAUGCGACGUUCGAGGGGUCCGAUACGGCGGGCUUCUCGUUCCGUCCUGGUGAUUUUGCCAUUGAGACGCAGCAACGGGGAUACAUGACGGACAUCAUCAACGACCUUUACCGUACCUCCGGCGCCAAGCCCGAAGAGGUCCUCGUCCUCGUCGCGGACGUGGACGAGAUCCCAUACGACCAUACCCUCCGUCUCGUCAAAAGCUGCUCCCUCCCUCCUGUCCUCCACCUGCAACUCAUCCCCUACGUCUACUCCUUCGAAUGGAUAUCCGGCGACCUCGACUCAUGGCAUAUCCAGAUCCACACCUGGAACCCCAAGUCGUCAUACUACAAGCACUCGUCCAAGUCUACCGAAGACUACAUUACUUCCGCCGGCGUACACUGCUCCUUCUGCUUCGCCAGGAUCAGCGAGUUUCAGUGGAAGAUGAAGGCGUAUAGCCAUAAUGAUCGGCUGGGGGAUCAUCCAAAGGCGCUGCUUAGGCCAGAGAGAUUGCAAAAGGCGGUAUGCGAGGGAGAUAAUAUAUUUGGGAUGUUGCCAGAGGCGUAUACAUGGUGGGACCUGGUGACGAGGUGGAAGGGGCAUCAGGCGAGAAGGCAGACCGCUGUGACGCCGAGAUUGGUCAAAGCUCAGCCGGAACGCUUCGCCUACCUCCUACCUGGAGGAUGCGAGAGACCGAUCGAGUAG